UUCGUUGACGUAUCUACCCCGCUGGGUGAGGGGAAAUAGGUAUAUGAAGAAGAACAACUCCUAUCAUUUAAAAUCGCUUUUCCUUCUCAAGCACUAAAAGAAACCUCUGUUACAUUCACCCAUUCUUCCAGAAAACAACAAAGCCAAAAUGGCCUCCCAAGAAAUAGUAGUCACCCUCCUCUACCCCGCGACCGAGAAAUUCGACAUGAACUACUACCUCACCUCGCACAUGGCGACCGUCGAGAAGCAAUUCACGCCGACCGGCCUCACGAAAUGGCAGGUCGUGAAAGCAGCCCCGGAUACCGGGUACUCGACCGUGUGUCACCUGUGGUUCAAGAGCAAGGAGGCGGCGGACGAGUGUUUUGCGAGCGCGGGGAAUAUUAUGGCGGAUAUCCCGAAUUAUACGGAUGUGAAGCCAGUUACGAUUGGUGGGCAGGUCGUUGGUGGGAAUUGAGAGGGAGGUGCUGGGAACGGGAAAGUUGAGGGGAAGGAUGGGUUUGAAUAUGAUUGAGGAGGUUUUGAAAAGAUUUGUGCUCGAUUCCAUUACGAAUUUCCGGUGUGAUUGUGCCUGCAAACAUGUACAUGUGGUAUAUCCCAAACAAACGACAAACUCCCAUCCAUCCCAUUCCAUCCUAUCCUAUCAUACAAUUUCGUGCAUCCUCCUCCAUGGUUCCCUGUCUCUUAUGUGUAUUUGGCAGGAUCGUGCUUCGAGAUAACCCACCAGGCGUCUGCGGAUGCUGUUGGUAAACUUAUUCUUUUGGUCUAGAAACAUAGACUCACGAAUAACACCUGGAAUCCAACCGAGGAUGGUCAAGCAGAUGUUGAUGAGGAAAUCGGCAUUACAUCCAGUCUUGAGGAACACAGCCAAGGGAGGAAUGAAGAUAGCGACGAGGUAUGCGAAGACGUCUGCCUGUGUCUUGCAUUAAUUCUGGCUCGCAUUGCACGCCAUUGUU